CGUGCGGGGCGCGCCUGAGGACGGUGAAAGCAGACGGUGUCUCCCAGGGAGCCAGGUCUGAUCUCCGCCGGGGCACGGUGCCCGCGGCUCUCAGCCAGGCACAGCCCCUCCCCGCCUCCGCCCGGGUGCCUCUCUGCAGGCACCACCUGAAACUUUCCCCGGCAGCCUGCGCACGCUCUCCGUCCCCGCCGGGGGACAACGUGCUCUCACUCCCUCCGUGCAGCGGGCACGGGGAGGCGGGCAGUUUACUUCCCUCCUCCCCACCGUCCCUGCCUCGCUUGCCCUCGGAAGCCUCGCUGAGGCUCCCGCAUUGCACCGCCGCGUCGUGCCGUGCUGUGCCGUGGAGUGCCCGGGGCUCGGCGCUGCCCACCGCGCCCCGCCGGCGCCGCCGGCCCCGGCUGGCAGCAUGAGCGCCGGCGAGGCGAAGGAGUAUCUUGCCCGGAGGGAGAUCCCGCAGCUUUUCGAGAGUCUGUUGAAUGGAUUAAUGUGUUACAAACCCGAGGACCCAAUUGAAUAUUUGGAAAGCUGUUUGCAGAAAGUGAAAGAGCUUGGAGGGCCAGAAAAAGUGAAAUGGGACACAUUUGUCAGCCCAGAAAAGAAGACCUUGCCUCCACUCAAUGGAGGACAAACAAGGAGGUCUUUUUUCAGAAAUGUGAUGCCUGAUAAUUCUAACUUCCCAUACCGACGGUAUGACCGACUCCCUCCAAUCCAACAGUUUUCAAUAGAAAGUGACACGGACCUCUCUGAAACUGCUGAGCUAAUUGAGGAGUAUGAUGUAUUUGACCCCGCAAGACCUCGACCGAAAAUUAUCCUUGUUAUAGGUGGCCCAGGAAGUGGUAAGGGAACACAGAGUCUGAAAAUAGCAGAACGUUAUGGAUUUAACUACAUAUCAGUUGGUGAAUUGUUAAGGAAGAAGAUCCACAACACAAGCAGCAACAGAAAAUGGAGUCUCAUAGCCAAAAUAAUUACUACUGGAGAACUGGCCCCUCAGGAAACAACUAUAACUGAAAUAAAGCAGAGAUUAAUGCAGAUCCCUGAUGAAGAGGGUAUAGUGAUUGAUGGAUUUCCCAGAGAUGUUGCCCAGGCAAUCUCCUUUGAGGACCAAAUCUGUACCCCAGAUUUGGUGGUGUUUCUGGCGUGUUCCAGUCAAAGGCUGAAAGAAAGGCUACUGAAGCGUGCUGAACAGCAAGGGAGACCUGAUGAUAACUUGAAAGCCACUCAAAGAAGACUCAUGAAUUUCAAGCAGAAUGUCGUUCCACUGGUUAAAUAUUUCCAGGAAAAAGGGCUAAUCAUCACAUUUGAUGCAGACAGAGAUGAAGAAGAAGUGUUCUUCGACAUAAGUUCAGCAGUUGACAAUAAAUUAUUUGCAAACAAAGAAGCUACAGCAGGGCCUAAUGAACUUGAUUACAGUCUGAUUAUGGAUUCUGGAGAUACUGGUUAUACAGAAUUUGACUUCGAGGACCAGGAUGAAGAUGAGUCAAGUUUUACUGGUUAUGAGAGCACAGGAGAAUUUUCAGAAGAUCUGAGGAAAUCAAACAUAAUUUUUAUUAUUGGUGGGCCUGGCUCUGGCAAAGGUAGCCAAUGUGAACAGCUAGCCAAGAAAUAUGGAUUUACUCACCUGUCCACUGGUGACCUUCUCCAAAAUGAGUUGGCAUCAUUAUCAGAGAGAAGUAAAUUGAUCAAAGACAUCAUGGAAUGUGGUGAACCCGUGCCUGGUGAUGUUGUCCUGGAGCUACUAAAGGAAGCCAUGGUUUCCAAGUUAGGGGACACAAAAGGAUUCCUGAUCGAUGGGUAUCCCCAGGACCUGAAGGAAGCAGAAGAGUUUGAGAGCAAGAUUGGGGAACCAAAACUUGUAUUCUGCCUGGACUGCUCUGCAGAAACCAUGAGCAGUCGCCUUCUGCUGGGAAACGAGAGCAGUCAGCACACUGAUAACACCGACACCAUCAAGGAACGAAUUGAAAGCUAUUGCCAAGCAUCAAAACCUGUGACUGCAUACUAUGAAAGGAAGACACAGUUAUGCAGGAUUGAUGCAGAAGGAACACAGGAAGAUGUUUUUCUGGAAGUCUGCAAGACAAUUGACUCUUUCCUGAAAAGGGAAGAGGCAGCAUGUUCUUUUCCAACAGAAAUGCAGUAAUGGUGUGUACACAACCUCACCUCAUGUGCACUUGACAGUCACUGCUGAAAUGCUGUUCAAAGCAAUACUGCUUUCUGGAGAGGUAUCUGGAAUUUGUGCAUGUGGUAUGUUAUUCUAGGUGAAAUCUUUUUUCUCUAUGCCAACAAUACACUCAAUAGAAAGUGGUCUGUAUGCUAACUCUACACUAAAAAUUGUAUAUUGUUUUGUUGGUUUGCUCUUCCUGGGUUAAAAGCAGCAUGGUGAACAGCAGCUCUGGUUUCUAUUUCACGAUCUCAUGUGCGAUGAAAAUAGGACAGUGCCUGACCAGCAGUGACAGCAGUGAGCUCUUCAACCACACCAUUCAGCAUUUGGCAUGUUAACUUUAAGACUGCUGCAUCCAAUUUUCCCAUUGGUUAUUAUUUUAUUUGAAUUAACAGUAUUAAUUUUGGUGGUGUCACAUAUCUUGUUCUUGGGCUUUAGUGACUGAAAUCUGUUCCCUGUUACAAGCAGCUGUAAGAGAGAUGGAAUUAGUCAAGCUAGAGGUUAGAAUUUUUCACAUCCCCAGAACACUACUAAAAGUAAGGAAAAAAUAUAUGGAAGCUGAAGAUAUGGUUGAGUAUUUUGAAAGUCUGUCAAUCCAUUAUUUCGGAGCAGACACCAUUUUUGAGAGCCUUGUCUUCUGCUGGGAGUUGUAGGGUAUUAUAAAAUACAACUACUCAGUUUUGUAAGCUUAGAUGAUGAUUGUAUUGUAUUGUAUAGUUGAAUGUGCAAUCCAGUAAUUACCCAUAUUAAGAGCAGUUUUAUUAUGUUAAUUAAAGCUGAAUAAGCACCAGAACACAUGAAGUGUGUUUAAAAGUCAUACUUCUAAGGUAUUUCAAGUGCAAAAUUCUGUUCAGCAUUUCUUGUCUUGCACUGGCAUUGGCAAAACUUUGGUGGGUGAGAAAGAAAAAAGAAAGGGAAAAAAGUGUAAAAUGUGAGGGAGUACUUCACUCUCCUUGCUUGUGUUUUGACUAAGCCAUUUAUCCAUAAUAUCUGCAAAAAACUCCAUAAAAAUCCAAUCACAUUUCCUUCAGGUUAACAAAAAUAUUGUGGAGUUUCUUUGGUAUUCUUAGAGCUAGACAAAAGCUGUUUGCCAUUCCUGUAAAGUAAUUGCAUCCUCUUACAGGAACUACUGGAUUAAUUCACAGUUGAAGUGGGUUUGCAUGAUUGUUCUUACUGUCCAAAGUUGUACUUUAAGCAGCAGAUUUGUACUUUUUAAGUUACCUUUCUUGUAAUGAAGACAUAAGACAAAUAAAACAUGUACAAAAAUGAGGAGUAAUGAUUUCUGUUAUAGUAUAUGUGGGUUUAAUCCUUUUUAAAGCACAGUACAUGACAUGACUUGAAAAUAUAGCUCGAAUCAGCAUGCUUACAGAGUAUGUCCUUUUUCCAUUCAGGGCAGAUUUCUUCUGUUUUCUUUCGCUUCCUCAGCAUUUGCCCUGUAACUGCUAAUUCAGUAAUUUUUAAGGGACUGUUUUAGAUACGCUCUUAUCCUUCAUAUGCUGGAUGUUCCUUCUUUCCUGGGUCCUUUUAUAGCCUACAUUUUACCUUUGAUGCUCUAAGAAGUGCUUCUCCAGCUCCAGACCAGUGCCAUCAGCUGCCAGGAACGUCUGCAGUACCACAGGUUUAAGCAAGAGACUUUCAGAAUGCACCAGCUUGAGAAGGCAGGCUUUUCUAAAUGGAGCCUUGAAGCACUAGCAGCUGUCUGGGGUAGUAUUUGUCCCCUCAAAAGUAAAAUAUUCUGGAGUUACCAUGAGGUUGCAAAUUCUUCUGGGCAGGUUUUCUGGAGUACUUUUUUAUGACUUCUAAUUACACUGUGCAGGAUGGGAACAAAGGCAACAAUCAACUGCUAACUUUUUCUUUCUUUCUUUUUUUUUCUUUUUAGAAAAGGUCAAAUUACAAAAAAUUAUUUAACAUACAGUUUCAGUUUCAUUUUUUUCUCCUUCUUCUAGUCUUUUCUCUGGAAUGAAACAAAAAAAUUCCCAUGCUAGAUUUGGUGUAUGUGCAUUAGGUAUCUAUUUGCCUAUGUUUCUAGUGUAUGCAAGAGAACUAGCUGUAUAUGCAUGCAUAUGGAAAUAUAAAUAUUUAUACAUAUUCAAUAAAAAGAGGAUUUAUCCAAGACACUUAAUUCUUGGGUGACUCAGA